AUGGGUCUUGCCGUUCGGCAAGGCCAUCUUGCUGAAGGGUGCAGCUUGGCUAUUGUGAAUUUUCGGCGGAGCCGGGGUCGUCCAACGGAGAGGACCAAGGAGCUGGAACCGAGCCUUGAAAUCAGAUUUGGAAUCCUUGAGUUUACGGGCUGGGUCCUGGUGGUAAGGCUUUCGUUGAGUGACUUGGAGCUGUUUGGAGCUAGGCCUUCGGCAGGGCUGGGCUUUGGAGCUGGGCUAUCCGUAGCUGGGGUCCUUGGCAGAGCUGUUCUGGAACAAAUUUGGGACUGGGACGUUGCAAAAGUAGGCGGAGCUGGGCUUUCCUUGUGA